AUGGCAAGUUCCAAAAGUAGAUCAUCUGAUGAAAAUCAAGAAUUGAAUUCAAUGAGAACAUCUACUGCUUCAGCUAGACGAUUAUCAUUUCAAGAAACGGUUCGUCGAACACAACGAUUGAUGCGUGUUCUAAGAACAAUGAAUACUUUGAAUGAACAUAGAAGACCCACUUAUCUUGGAUCUAAUAUUAAUGAAAGUACAUCAUAUCAAAGACGUGGUGCUAUGACAUUAGAAAAAACAAAAUCAUCAGAAAGUAGUGAAACAUCUAGUAUUACACCUGUAUUAGAUCAACAAGAAAAUACAAAUGAAGCAAUAGCAAGUUCACGCCGACUUGGUCAACGAUUUAUUAUUCUUCAUUAUUCACCAUUUAAAGCUGUAUGGGAUUGGGUAGUUAUUCUACUUGUUUUAUAUACAGGUAUUAUAACACCUUAUACAAUAUCAUUUCUAUCUGAUGAAGAUCAAAAACGUACAAAUUUAAAUACACAUGCAGCAACACGACAAUUUAAUCGAGAACGAACAAGUAUUCAUGUUUUAGUUAUUAUUGAUGUACUCGUUGAUUUUAUGUUUAUAUUUGAUAUAUUAAUUAGUUUUCGAACAACAUUUGUAUUAAAAGAAACAAAUGAAGUAAUAACAAGUCCUAUAUUAAUUGCUAAACAUUUUGUUAUUGAUUCAUGGAGACGUUUUGGAGCUGAUAUACUUGGUGCAUUACCAUGGGAUAUUCUAUUUUUUGGUAAUGGAAGUCAUUCGACGAUACGUCUAGCAAAUUGUUUUAAAUUAGCUCGACUUUUACGACUUGUUGCAUUUGUUCGAAAUUUUCAAAAAACUGAAUAUCGAUCAGCAGUUUUAUUUCUUCUUAUGCUUCUAUUUGCUAUUGCUGCACAUUGGUUUGCUUGUAUAUUUCAUUUUAUUGCAAUACUUGAAGGACCUAAUCUACAAGUCAAAUACUCAUGGCUUGAUCAUCUAGCUGAUAAAUAUAAAAUGCCUUAUCUUGUCAAUGAUACAUUAAGUGGACCAGAUACAAAAUCAAAAUAUUUAACAGCACUCUUUUUUGCUAUGACUUCAUUGACAUCAGUUGGUUUUGGUAAUGUUGCAGCGAAUACAAAUGGUGAAAAGUUGUUUUCUAUUCUUUCAAUGCUAGCUGGAUCUUUUUUAAGUGCUUCUAUUUUGGGAAGUGUAACAACAAUAAUUAUUAAAUUAUAUCAAGGUACAGAAGAAUUAAAAGAAAUGAAACAAAGUGUUGAUGAUUUUAUAAAACAUCAUCGUAUUAGUAAACAACUUGCUAAACAAAUGCAAGAAUCAUUUGAUCAUGAAUGGAAAAAUACAAAAGGAAUUGAUAUGAAUAGUAUAUUGAAGACAUUUCCAGAAUGUAUUCAAGCUGAUAUAUGUCUUCAUCUUAAUCGAGAAUUAUUAAAUAAUUGUCCAGUAUUUGAAGAUGCAAGUGAAGGUACAUAUAUA